GUGAUUUCUCGAUAUCUUUUUUUUUCUUGCAUUCGUGUUUGCAUAUACCAACAAGCUCCCGUUGCAGACGCAUCGCAUCCAAUCUGCUCCUAUUUCCCUCUCUUUAUUAGUUUCUCCUGGUUGUGGGUCUACGUAGUGAAGAGACAGCCGUUGCCAUCGUCCGAUCAGAAGAAUAAACCUUUUGCGGAGAUAAGUUGUCACGAUGCCCGGCUUCGACUUUGAGAACGUGCAGCGCAACCUCAACCUCCAGAAUGAGGGCCACGCGGCUCCGCGCACGCUCAAGACGGGUACCACCAUUGUCGGUGUGGUGUACAAGGAUGGCGUCGUUCUCGGCGCCGAUACGCGUGCUACGGAGGGCAACAUCGUCGCCGACAAGCGCUGCCGCAAGAUCCACUACAUGGCGCCGAACAUUAUGUGCUGCGGCGCCGGCACCUCAGCGGACACGGAGGCCGUCACGAACAUGGUCUCCUCCCACCUCGCGCUGCACCGUCUAGAGACGGGGAAGCAGUCGCGUGUACUGGAGGCGCUGACGCUGCUGAAGCGCCACCUGUAUAAGUACCAGGGUCACGUCAGCGCCGCCUUGGUGCUGGGCGGGGUGGAUGUGGAGGGCCCCUUCCUAGCCACCAUCGCCCCGCACGGCAGCACCGACCGUCUGCCGUUUGUGACCAUGGGCAGUGGUAGCAUUGCGGCCAUGGCGCAGAUGGAGGCGUCGUACAAAGACAACAUGACCUGCGAGGAGGCGAAGGAGCUGGUAGCGUCUGCGAUUCGCAAGGGGAUCUUCAACGACCCCUUCAGUGGCACGCAGGUGGAUGUGUGCGUUAUCACAAAGGAGUCGACGGAGCUCAUUAUUGGGUACGACAAGCCGAACGAGCGCACCUACCCCCGCCAGGAGAUCUCGCUGCCGCCCGGCACGACGCCGGUUCUGAAGGAGGAGAUUCGCAAGCUGGUCACUAUCGUCGAAGUCUAG